AUGGAAGGACGCUGCCAAUGCGGUGCCGUCCGCUUCACCACACCUCUGGCCCAACCCCUGAAGAUAUUCAUCUGCCACUGCCUCGAGUGUCGGCGCCAGAGUGCUUCUGCAUUCGGCAUCACCGCCAUCUUUCCGGCCUUUGACCUUACGCAGAGUAAGAGUAAGACUCACUCUCACUCUACUAAUGCCAGUGGUGGAGAUGCCUGUGCCACACAGUCAUCAUCAUCGGGGACGGAGGAAGCACAAGGACAAGCAAAAGCACAGACCAAAGACAACGAAAACUCGAUCGGGAUCUACGAACACAACAACACAAAGUCCGGACGAACGAAGAAAUGCUACUUUUGCAAAAACUGCGGCACGCGUCUCAUGCAUGGUGGUGGGCCGUAUGUGGCGGUCAAGGGGGGUUGUUUGGAAGCUCUUUCGCGGGAUAUGUUGGAUUCCGCGAUGCAUAUUUGGACGAAGAGGGCGGUUGUGCCGAUUCCGGAGGGGGUGGUGGCGUUUCCUGAGGAUCCGGUGUAG